AUGAACACCUUCAAGACAUACAGUGAACGUGCUGCUCGACACCCCAACGCUUGUGCUCGUGCUCUUUUCGAGCUCAUGGAAAGAAAGCAAACCAACCUCUCUGUUGCUGCCGAUGUCACCACCAAAAAGGAAUUGCUUGCUAUUGCCGAUGGCGUUGGUCCUUUCAUUUGCGUCCUCAAGACACACAUUGAUAUCGUUGAAGACUUUGAUCAAGAUCUCGUGGAUCAGUUGACGCAGCUUUCCAAGAAACACGACUUUAUGAUAUUCGAGGAUCGCAAGUUUGCUGAUAUUGGCAACACUGUGAAGCAUCAAUAUGGCAAGGGCAUCUACAAGAUUGCAUCAUGGUCUCAUAUCACCAACGCACACACUGUUCCCGGUGAAGGCAUCAUCCAUGGCUUAAGAGAUGUGGGUCUUCCUUUGGGUCGAGGAUUGUUAUUGUUGGCCGAGAUGUCAUCCAAGGGCGCAUUGACACAAGGUGCUUACACUUCCGAAUCCGUUGCCAUGGCUCGUCGCAACCAAGACUUUGUAUUUGGCUUUAUUGCUCAACAUCAAAUGAACGAGCAUGAUGAUGAGGACUUUGUGGUCAUGGCACCUGGUGUUGGUUUGGACGUAAAGGGCGAUGGUCUUGGACAACAAUACCGUACACCUGAUCAAGUUAUCAAGGAAAGUGGCUGUGAUGUGAUCAUUGUCGGCCGUGGUAUCUAUGGCAACCCCGAUCAAGUCGAGUACCAAGCCAAACGAUAUCGUGAUGCUGGAUGGAAAGCCUAUUUAGAACGUGUGCAAAAGCAGUAG